GUUUUGAUUGGCUACUGAGCUACCACAGACCGUAUAACAAGGCAUACCACUUGUGGUCACGGUUGCUGAAACAAUUUGAUCGUCUGCUCUGUUUUUCAAAACUACAUAGAAUUCUCAGAAAUCCAUUACAAUCAACGUUGUUCGAAGAUGGAUACAAGAACUGCAAAAAUGUUCCUGGCUGUUUUGUUGCUGACCUGCGUGUCCUGUGCAGAUGCAUUGUGUGCAGCGUACUCAAAUCGGACAAUUGAGCAUGAGGAUACACCUAACCUAGUAGCUUGCUAUGAAAAAUGUGCAGCAAAUUAUUUGUGCUACGCGUUCGUCUUUUUCCGUCAUUGUGAACUAUAUAUAAAAGACGUGGCAAUACUCCAACUUGACGAAAAUUCCAACCCUGACAACAAAGUCGCCUGUAGCAAUAGAUCAAGUUCUUCAGCCGUGUGUGGUGCCUAUAUUAAAUCAAAAAUAAUCAAUCAGGCAGGCACGACUAAACACAUGGAUUGCUUUGAGGCAUGCGUUAGGACAAACAAGUGUUCUGGCUACAGUUAUAAUAAGUUAGAUAAAUCUUGCAAACUAAGGCUAUUCACUCGCUAUCCUGAAGACAUUAAUACCAUAAUUAAUAUGGCAAGUGUUUAUUGCAAUAUGUAAUACGUUCUGUGAACAAGUUGUAUCCAUCUCAAUCAAAUAAAAAAUUUCAGUAGAUUAUCACCUAUGUAGUUAACUAAACGAAAGUUUAGCUUAGAGUUUAUGCACUUGUGUAUUUAAAGUAGUCUGCUGUAGAAAUAAAAUAUUUAAAUUUG